UCACCAUGCCUUCAGAACUCUCUGAUGCCUUCAAAUCCAUGCCUGCCAAUCUCUACAAGAAACAAUUAGACCUGAACUCAAUCCAAGAAUUGCCCGAUUCGCACGCAUGGGCGUCUCUCGGCGAGCACCCUUGCGUGGACUCUUUAAUUGCAGAAUCAGUGCCGGUUAUUGAUCUGAGUGACCCCAAUGCAUUAACACUUGUGGGCGAUGCAUGUAAGAGUUGGGGUGUGUUUCAAGUCAUCAACCAUGGCAUCCCCAUCAGCCUUCUUGAAGCCAUUGAGGAUGCUAGCAGGAACCUUUUCGCAUUGCCUGCUGAGCAAAAACUCAAGGCUACUCGCCCGCCUGAUGGCUUCUCCGGCUUCGGCCAACCCCGGAUUGCUCCGUUCUUUGCCAAGCAAAUGUGGUAUGAAGGCUUCACCGUCCUCGGAUCGCCUCUCGAGCUUGUUUCCAAACUUUGGCCUGAAGAAUACUGCACCAAGUUCUGUGAAGUUACUGAAGAAUAUGACAAACAGAUGAAGCAGCUAGCAAAUAAGCUCCUCUGGCUCCUGCUUGGCUCACUGGGAAUCAACAAAGAAGAUGUAGAAUGGGCUGGUCCAGAAGGUCAGUUAGAAGGGGCACAUGCUGCCUUGCAGUUGAACUCUUACCCAGCUUGUCCACAGCCGGACAAGGCCAUGGGUCUUGCCGAGCACACUGACUCCUCCCUCCUCACCAUCCUUUACCAGGGCAGCACCAGUGGUCUCCAAGUCGUCCUAGAAGGCAGUGGAUGGAUCACAGUUCCUCCUCUCCCUGGUGCGCUUGUCGUCAAUAUCGGCGACCUCCUCCAUAUACUAUCCAACGCUGCAUUUCCCAGUGUCCUCCACCGUGCCAUGGUUAACAACUCCAAGCAGCGUAUCUCCGUCGCCUAUUUCUAUGGACCACCGGCGACCAUUCCAGUGGCGCCCAUCCCAAAAUUAGUUGACUCCAGUCACCCUCCUGUCUACCGCUCAGUUACAUGGAGUGAGUUCCUUGCUACCAAGGCAAAGCAUUUCAACAAGGCUCUUUCAUUAGUUAGGAUGCCUGUGCCGGAAACGGAUUCAUCGGAGUAAACCAUCUAGUUUCGUUUUGUUUGGCCAUGUCGUGUAGGACUCUCAUUGUUUGGAUGAUUUGUGGUGGUAAUAAGAGAGUGAUGAAGAAAUGGUUUUGUUCC